AUGACUUUCUUCAUUGGUAUUCAAGUCAGCGUCUUCAUGCUUUUGAUCCCUGAUCUUGUUGAACGAGGCGAAGGUUUAAUCAAACAGACAUUUAUACGGGAACCAAAAGACAAAUUAGUCAUCCUAGGAGAAGAUAUUCUUCUCCCUUGUCGUGUUCACAAUAAAAUAGGGAUGCUCCAGUGGACGAGGGAUGGAUUCGGCCUCGGAUCGGAUCGUGAGCUUAUCGGUUUUCCUCGGUAUACUAUGGUAGGAAAUGAUGAAGAAGAUGAUUACUCUCUACAAAUUACUAAUGCACAGUUAGACGAUGAUGCUGAAUUUCAAUGUCAAGUCGGAGCUGUGGAAGGAAUUAAGGGAAUUCGAUCAACAACAGCAGUUGUUACAGUGUUCGUUCCCCCAGAGCCUCCAAUCAUCUUGCAAGGAGCUUAUCUUAGGACUACUGCAGGUAUGAAUGUGAAGUUGACGUGUGAAGCCCACGGAGGUCGUCCUGCAGCGGAGCUUGCCUGGAUUGAUGAAAAAGGAGACGUGGUAGAAGAGGGUACGGAAUAUAAGAUCAAUCAGAUGGCAGAUGGAAAAAGAGCUAUCGCCAUCUUGUCCUGGACAUUUGUACCCGACAGGAGGCACCACUUGAAAAGUUUUACUUGUAGUUCUGAGAAUUCGGCGCUUAAGCAACCUGAUCUAGUGACCAUUACUGUCGAUGUGAAAUAUGCCCCGAACUUAAAUCUCCUGGUUCACAGUACCAAAAUUUUUGAGAACGACAACGUACGACUCACUUGCGAGGUCGACGCUAAUCCACCAGAGAUUUUCUAUAACUGGUACAGAAAUGGCAAGCGAAUAUUGAACGGUCACAGCUCUGUUUUUGUACUAAACCACGUAACAAGGGCUAACAAUGGAGACAUAAUCAUUUGUGAAAAACAAUGA